AUGCUAGCUCGUGGCUAUCCGGAACCGAUUGUCACCUGGCGGCGUGAGGACGGCAAUGAGAUAGUCCUUAAGGACAAUAUGGGCACUAAGACUCUAGCACCCUCCUUUCGCGGCGAGGUCCUGAAGCUGUCAAAGAUCUCUAGGAACGAGAUGGGCUCCUACCUGUGCAUCGCCUCCAAUGGAGUGCCCCCAUCGGUCUCCAAGCGGAUCUCUCUCAGCAUACACUUUCACCCAGUCAUCCAAGUGCCGAAUCAAUUAGUCGGCGCACCACUUGGCACUGAUGUUCAAAUCGAGUGUCACGUCGAGGCCUCGCCCAAAUCAAUUAACUACUGGAUUAAGGACACGGGUGAAAUGAUAGUCACAUCUAACAAGUACCAUGUCCAGGAGAGUACUCAGUCCAUGUACGAGACAAAAAUGUCAAUGAUAGUGCGAAAAUUCCAAAAGGACGAUGUCGGAUCCUAUCGCUGUAUAGCCAAAAACUCUUUGGGUGAAGUUGACAGCAGCAUCCGGUUAUAUGAAAUCCCCGGACCGAAUCGUAAUAAAAAUCCUUCGAACGGCGGCGGAAAAGGCGGCGGCGGCGGCGGUGCUGGAGGCCUGGACGCGGAUGCCAAUGACAUUUUAAAGCAGAAACAACAAGUCAAAGUCACCUACCAGCCGGACGACGAGGAGCUGCAGUACGGAUCCUCUGAGGAUUUCGAUGGCGACGGUGGUGGUGGUGGUGGCUUGACACCGUUAUCGCCGCACGUUUACUACACCAGCGGCAAUAAACCGGCCACACAUAAGCCAGGCAGCUCCGGCGGCAAUCAGCAUCAGCAUCAACAUCAGCAGCACCAUCACCACCACCAUCACCAGCAGCACGGAGCGGUCGCAGGUGGAGUUGGGGGUGUGGGUGGUGCAGGUGGCGCAGGUGGAGCAGGCGGCGAUUCAGGAGGUGGCGGCAUCACCCGUAAGCCGACCUAUUAUGGCGGCAAUACGGAAGGGCGCGUACCCAUCGACAACAACGAAAUGAGCUCCGGCGGCUCGCGAUUACGGGGCAAUACACCACGAUGCCCCAUCCUGAUGCUGCUUCUCCUGCUGCUCACCCUGCCACUGUCACUGUCCCUGUCCUUGGACUCCUGGCCACGGAGUAGCCGGCAAUGUCGACAGCCGCUCUUAAUGGGUUUGUCGGCCAUGUCCGGCUUUCUGCUCGCGCUCUGCCUCUGCCUCUUAUAA